AUGGUCAACUCACGCAAUUCCCUCACCGUUAUCGUCUGUCUCAUCUGCGUGUUCCAGAUUAAUCCUGCAUUACUGAGGAGGUUAUCACAUUUCAAGCGAUUUGGCCAGGUACCAGGAACUCUGGAAAGCAACGACAUACAGAGCAGCAGCCUCUUUUUCAAAGGAAAGGGGUUCCAGCCUGAGACUACAGGAGCCAGACAUGGCAGCAUUGUCCUGGAAUGCGAGGCUGGGGGGAGUCCACCACCAACCAUCCACUGGCUGAAGAAUGGAAUAAGGAUUUCACAGGGUUCUUCAAAAAACAUCAUCCGAGAAGAUGAAACGUCAUACGAAGAUCGUACAAACACAGGAAGCAAUAUGCUGAGGCUGUCGUCGACCCGCUCUAGGUUGUUCUUGGAUUGUCUGGGCAAAGCCAGUCAGGGUCAGUACUCAUGCGUGGCCGAGAACGCUUUGAUCAGGAAAUCUCGCACCACUUUCCUCAAAGUUGAAAAUUCAAUCAUGUAUCCUGAUCUCAAGAAAUGUGUUGGAAAGAAAUAUAAAAAAGGAGAGCCGGCCCGUAUCUACAUGUGGACCGUGUCCAGGCUGGAGUACAUCAACAAUAUGGUGCAGCUGUUUUGUCGUGCCCAGGGGUUUCCCAAGCCGACCAUUACCUGGUAUCGAGAAAACAAGCCGAUCGAAAAUGAUGAUGAUUAUCAGAUUACAGACAAUGGUGACCUAAUCAUCAAAGACAUCACCUGGGAGAGACACAGGUUCUCAUACUACUGUGUGGCCAGUAAUGUGUAUGGAACAGAUGCUGCAGAAGCCUUCUUGUACCCAACCUUACAAGAAGACUUUGGGUUGCCAUACGAGUGA